GACGCGUUCCCAUCAGAACGUCACACACGCGAAACGGGACCCGAGACCCUAAUUUCAAGUGCAAUCUUCUUCCGGGGGGAGUGAUGGUGUUGUGACUUUGCGGCAGAUUGUUGGAUCGAUUGUUGGGGGACAAUUGCAACAGGUUAGACUUUUCUACGAUCGUUUUCUGAAUAGGUGUGCAAUUGGACUCCUCUUUGCGUUUUCGAUUCUGCGGUUGCGUGAUAUUCGCGAAGUUUACACUUUCCUAGGGUGUUGAAGUAGAAGAAUCAGGAUGUGGGCAGCCGGAUGUUUGGCGUCGUGUUGCGCAUCAUGCGCAUGCUCGGCAUGUCAGGGGGUAGCAAGUGGUAUUUCUCGGCGCUCAGCUAGGAUUGCCUAUUGCGGCCUAUUUGCUUUGUCACUUAUUGUUUCGUGGCUUCUCCGUGACUUCGCCGGGCCUUUGCUUGCGAAGAUACCAUGGAUCAACACCUUCACCGACACGCCCAGUCCAGAGUGGUUUGCCACACAAGCGGUUCUCCGUGUGAGUUUGGGGAAUUUUCUGUUUUUCUUAGCGUUUGCAAUCCUCAUGAUUGGUGUUAAGGACCAGCGUGAGCAGCGAGAUUCGUGGCACCAUGGCGGCUGGAUGGUGAAGCUUAUACUGUGGUGUAUUACGAUAAUACUUAUGUUUUUCCUCCCAAACGGUCUCGUCAGUGCUUAUGGCAGCGUUUCCCGCUUUGGUUCAGGUCUGUUUUUGUUGAUCCAGGUUGUCAUUCUCCUUGACUUUACUCACAACUGGAAUGCUGCCUGGGUUGCCAAGGAUGAACAGUUCUGGUAUAUAGCAUUGCUAGCUGUAUCCAUUGGUUGCUAUUUGGCAAGCUUUGUAUUCUCUGGAUUCCUAUUCCACUGGUUUACACCGUCAGGAGUCGAUUGUGAGCUAAAUACUUUCGUCAUUGCCUUCACUCUCAUUCUUGGUGUAUCCUUUGCUAUCGUUUCCCUGCAUCCUCAGGUGAAUGGCAGUCUUUUACCAGCUGGCGUGAUAGCAGCUUAUUGCACCUACCUUUGCUACAGUGCGUUGUCAAGUGAGCCUCGGAAUUAUGAGUGCAAUGGCCUUCACAAGCAUGUGAAUGCUGUAUCGAAGGGAACCCUUGGCCUGGGCAUGCUUACCACUCUUCUCUCUGUUGUGUACUCUGCUGUGCGCGCCGGUUCAUCCACUACCUUCCUGUCCCCACCCAAUUCUCCAAGAGAAGGAUCAUCUAAGAAGGCUCUUCUUGCAAAAGACGAUGUUGAAGGAGCUCUAGACAGUGAUUCAGAUGAUGAUGAUAAACCGAUUCGCCGAGGAGGGAGACACAGCAAGGAGCCUCGCCCAGUUACAUAUGUCUAUAGUUUCUUCCACUUGAUCUUUGCCCUCGCUAGCAUGUACUCUGCUAUGCUUCUUACUGGUUGGGGAAAUGCGAACAUGGCUGAGAAGGACAUCAUCGAUGUGGGCUGGCCGUCUUUCUGGGUCCGUUUCAGCACUGAAAUGAUUACCGCUGGACUUUACAUCUGGUCUCUCGUCGCUCCUCAACUUUUCCCCGACCGCGACUUUUCCUAGAUGCCAGUUGCAAUAUAUAGUAGGCGUACUUAUGGUGGCCGCUCUCCAUCAACCCCUACCUGCUGCAUCCAAUGUAUAUAGAUUUUGGGUUCCUCUAAAUUUCAUCUAGUGUGUUUCCAAGUUCAUCUUUAAAUGUUCAAAAGUACCUUGGAAAGGCUAUUCUAGAUUCUCAGACAUCGUCACGUGGUUUGAAUCAAAUCAGUUUUUUGGGAAAUCAUUGUUAGUUUAUGUAGGCUAUUGUUUGCAAGUACUGGUGGCUGACGUGCAAUCGAUGCUUUUCCUCCUCCAGUCAUGUAGUAUUUGUCACAUCCCUUGGUUAUGGAUAGAAAAGGGGAUGCUCUGCUGUAGUGGCACUUGAUUAAAUAAUGGUGUUUGAUAGACACCUCUCCAGUUUUCUGUAGGUUAACUCCUUUGUGCUCAUUGGUGAGUAACGUUGCUUUUGUAUAACACCUGUGCGGUAUUAGUCUGAAAGAGAUUGUGGGAUCCCAAUUGGAUAGCAGAAUUCCACUUGGGUCAAAUUUCUUUUAUGUAACAUUAUAUGAUUUUUUGCA